CCGUUAGAAAACCUCAACGGUUACUUCUUGCCAGAGAACUCAGACCUUAGGUACUUCAAUUAAACAUCUUCCCAAAUCUAAUCCUUGCUCACUCCAUCUUCUUCACUCCAAAUCUGAUAGCACCAUCUCUCUCUCUCUCUCUCUCUCUCUCUCUCUCUCUCUAUCUAUCUAUCUAUCUAUCUCUCUCUCCCUCUCUCUCUCUCUCUCCCCCUUCUCUCUCUCUCACUCACACACACACAAGAUGAAUGAUCUAAUGACAAAAUCAUGGGAGAGCUAUAAGAAUCUAAAAAAAGAAGCUUUUAAAGAUCUCGAAGCUGGCCUCGAUGAUGAUAUCGAAAUGUCCAAGACUAACAAGAUGGACCAAAACCUCACAUCAUUUUUAUCCGAAGCAGAGACUGUCAAAGAAGAGAUGAAUACAAUCAGGGAAAUCUUGAAUCAGCUUCAGCAAUCAAGUGAAGAAAGCAAGUCACUUCACAAGCCCGAAGCUUUGAAAUCGAUACGGAACAAGAUCAAUUCAAACAUUGUGCUGGUGCUCAAAAAGGCCAAAUCAAUUAGGGGUCAGUUGGAAGAUAUGGACCGGUCUAAUGCUGUGAAUAGGAGGCUUUCGGGGUGUAAAGAGGGCACUCCAGUGGACCGUACUAGGUCUGCGGUUACGAAUGGGCUGAGGAAGAAGCUGAAGGAGCUGAUGAUGGAUUUUCAGGGGUUGAGGCAGAGGAUGAUGACUGAGUAUAAAGAUAGUGUUGGAAGACAGUACUAUACGGUGACUGGUGAAUACCCGAAUGAGGAUGUGAUUGAGACAAUUAUUUCUAAUGAAAAUGGUGGUGAAAAAUUCUUGGCUAAAGCUAUUCAGGAACAUGGGAGGGGAAAAGUGCUUGAGACAGUGGUUGAGAUACAGGACAGGCACGACGCAGCGAAAGAGAUAGAGAAGAGCUUGCUGGAGCUACACCAGGUGUUCUUGGAUAUGGCCGUGAUGGUGGAGGCUCAAGGGGAGCAAAUGGAUGACAUUGAGCACCAUGUGAUGAAUGCAGCACAGUAUGUCAGUGAUGGAUCCAAGAAUCUUAAGACUGCAAAGGGAUACCAGAAGAGCAGCAGGAGGUGUAUGUGCAUUGGCAUCAUACUAUUGUUGAUUCUCAUUCUUGUGAUUGUUAUCCCAAUUGCAACCAGCUUUAGCAAGUCCUAGGAAGAAGACUAGAAGAGUAUUAAAUUUCGGGUUUUGGUUGUGAUUCGCGGAAUCUAGAAUGUUAUCAACUCCAGUCUCGUGAGAUGUUAUGGUGGUUUAAGGCAUCAUGAAACUGAUUAAGAAAAUGGCUAGUCCUGUUUUAGGACUUGUCCUUUAGGGAUGGUGUCAAAUUCGAGUUGUAUCCUUUAUAUUACAAUCUAUAGAAAUAUUUUAAUUGGUCGAA